AGGUGGUGAGCUGUUUGAAGAUAUUGUGGCCAGAGAAUAUUACAGUGAGGCAGAUGCCAGUCACUGUAUUCAGCAGAUACUAGAAGCAGUACUGCACUGCCACCAGAUGGGUGUUGUGCACAGAGAUCUCAAGCCAGAGAACCUGUUGCUAGCCUCCAAACUGAAAGGAGCUGCAGUGAAGUUGGCUGACUUUGGUCUCGCUAUCGAGGUAGAAGGAGAUCAACAGGCAUGGUUUGGUUUUGCUGGAACCCCAGGAUACCUCUCCCCAGAAGUUUUAAGGAAAGAUCCCUAUGGAAAGGCUGUGGAUCUGUGGGCCUGUGGUGUUAUUCUGUAUAUUCUGCUGGUUGGAUAUCCUCCUUUCUGGGAUGAAGAUCAACAUCGCCUAUAUCAACAGAUCAAGGCCGGAGCCUAUGAUUUCCCUUCUCCAGAGUGGGACACAGUCACCCCUGAAGCCAAAGAUCUCAUCAACAAAAUGUUAACGAUCAACCCAGCCAAAAGGAUCACUGCUUCUGAAGCACUCAAGCAUCCUUGGAUAUCGCAUCGCUCUACUGUUGCUUCUUGUAUGCACAGACAAGAGACUGUUGACUGCUUGAAGAAGUUCAAUGCAAGGAGGAAACUUAAGGGAGCAAUUUUGACUACAAUGCUAGCUACGAGAAAUUUCUCUGCAGGGAAUAAAGGAUCUGGCAACAAGAAGGCUGAUGGAGUUAAGAAGAGGAAAUCAAGCUCCAGUACUCAGCUGAUGGAGUCAUCUGAAAGUACCAAUACCACUAUUGAAGAUGAAGAUACUAAAGUGCGGAAACAAGAAAUCAUUAAGGUAACAGAGCAGCUCAUUGAGGCUAUCAGCAAUGGAGAUCUGGAAUCAUAUACGAAAAUGUGUGAUCCAGGCAUUACUGCGUUUGAACCUGAAGCCCUUGGAAACCUAGUAGAAGGCUUAGACUUCCAUCGAUUCUACUUUGAAAACUUGUUGUCAAAGAACAAUAAACCCUUGCAUACUACAAUUCUGAACCCUCACAUCCACCUGAUUGGAGAAGAAGCUGCAUGUAUUGCAUACAUACGAAUCACUCAGUAUAUGGACAACUCCGGAAUUCCUCGCACUAUUCAGUCAGAAGAGACACGUAUCUGGCAUCGUAGGGAUGGCAAAUGGCAAAUUGUUCACUUCCACAGGUCUGGAGCUGAGCUUCAGGUAUAAGGAAAUGCAUUGUUUCCAUCCAGGAGGGGAAAGGACAUCAUUCUUCAUUCAAUGUUUCUUCCAUCGACCGCAACAGUAGUUGAGAUACAGUAAUGGAGCCUGCUAAUACUGCAUUCACCACAAGUGAAACUGAGAUACAGUGACCACACCUGCGAAUACAUCAUUCACCACCAGAGAGACUGAGAUACAAUAACCACACCUGCUGAUUUUAGAAGAUCUCUGAGAUGUCAAUGACUCUAUUAAUUAGAAUGAUAAGAUAAUAUUAGAACACAUUUAGCACCUCUGACCACUAACAAUGCUAAUGGAAGACACUGUAGGAUGAAAACGUGAUCCUUCUGCAUGUUUCACUUCACUUGUACCUUACAAUCAGAGGCAUUUAUAGGGGUGCUGUGUUCCCUGAAAUGUGCUGUAAAUGUUUGCUGUCUUGCUUUAGCAUUGUUCAUCUGUCAUUGAUCUUUUCCAUGCCUAGAGCAUUUGCAUAUAUGGAUUUUCAAUUCAAAGGGUCUUUGGGUGAAUAUCUACUGUUCAGCAGUCUGUUUUUACUUCAGAGCAAAAUUAUCAUCUAUAGAUAUAUUUCUGAAUUGUUUUACUAAUCUUAAGAAUAUCAGUGAUUGCUUGUAUCUAGUUAAAGGGCAUUGAUUGGGCUUAAACUGAUAUUACUUGGCCGUUUUAUAUACACACCAAUCUAUUUCCCCAGAGGCCUACAUGAUGUACAGUAUUUUCAUGGGUACUUAUAUUUCUAUAAACAUCUGUUUUCUUUUGGUUCCUUGUGAAUUUGAUAUGGUAUGUCAUUAAUUACUGUGAACAUGGCUGCAUAUGGUACACUUAAAAAAUGUUGUUUUUUUCUUCUCUCAAAGAAUGACCUUGUUUCAAGAUGCUCACAGUAGCACAUUACAUUGUCCAGUCAUGCUGACUAUAAAAAUCACUACCCAGUCCCUGACAAUAGGGAGGUUGGCAUAAUGGUUAAGCUGUUUACUUUACAAACACAAGGUGCAGGGUUUGAUUCUCACAUGGGGUAAUUGGCUAGGCUUAAAAUAGCUCACAAGGGCAGUUAGCCUAGUACUAAUCUAUGAACAUAGUUAAAAUAUGUUAAUUGAAAAUAUCAUUAAAAUGUCCAAUUUAAGCAAAAAUGUUGGUGAUCUGUUCUUUUUACACACACACACACAUACACAUACACACACACACACACACACACACACACACACACACACACACACACACACACACACACACACACACACAUACACAGUUACAUUACUUGGAGCUCAGUGUAAUGGGCACUUAGAGCUUUGCAACAUUUAUUUUUCAUAGUCUCAUAGGCAAGUGCUAGGCUAGCUGCUCUUGAGGGCUAGUUUAACCCCAGCCAGUUUCCCUUUCAAAGGUGAAAAUCAAACCCUCUACCUUGUAACUAUGAUGCAAACACCUUCCUUAACCAUUAUACAAACCCCAGCAAUGAAUCCAUGAGACAGAGCAAUGUGAAUUAAAACUUGUUAGCUUGGACCAGAAAUUCAGAAUAGAGGACCUAGGUUUACAAAUAAAUGCAGAUUUUAUCAACUUUAGAGAAGUAUUCAGAAACAUCAAUCACAGUCAGUUAUUAAAUUAACAGUUUAAGAGUUGGUUGGUCAUUGUUUAACUAUAUGGAUUCAAAGCUGCAAGCCGGCUGGACAAGGUGUGUUAGGUAUUUUAGGUAUUUUAAACUAGCUAUAUGGAUGCAGAAGUAUAACACUCUAGUAAGCCCUUAGUUAACUCUGAUAUUAGGACUGACCAUUCUCUUUUGUAUCACUGUGCAUUAUGUAAUAACUGUGCAUCUGUAACAGACAUGGAUGACAAUGCAUUUUUUGCAUAACAUUUUGCCAUGCUUGGUGGGUACAUUUGAAUAAAUGUUCUCUAAAGAGUGCAAAUUCCAUGGUUCAGCAUGACUCUGAUGUUAAAGGAGAAAUAAAAAUGGUUAACACCAUCCUCUGAGGACCUGUGCAUCAUACUCAGUAAUAAACUGCAUCACUCAGGACACAAGAAACCUGUAUGUAGAGCAGAAAAUAGGCUUCACUUUCACCUGCAUCUUUAAACACUGCAAGUAAAGGAAUUGAGCAUCAGCUUCCAUGUAUGUGAAAAAUUGUACAAUAAUGUCUCAUUGCUAUUCAAAAAUGAGCAUGCUGAUUUGACAACCCAAAGAGUGUGUCCCAUUGUAAAUCAACCAUUUACCAAUCAAAAGAAGUUCAGCCUCUGAAGUAUUGUUGAUCAGCCACAGUUCCCAUUAACAUAUGCUCCUCAGUGCCAUUCUUAAAUAUAUUCUGUGAGGGACAGGUUAAAAUUUAAUAAAAGCAAAAUACAUUCUGAAAAACUGAGCAGUUCAGAGGUAUGGUUACCAGCUGUAUGAUCGUUCAUACUACCUGUAAUUCCUCUCAACUGCCCACACUUUUGCAGAACAUCCUCGGGCUCCUCAUGUUUUUGCUCUGUCAGUCAUACAUUUUUUUUGCAAAUCGCUUAAAUUUACUAGAUUAUGCCACACAGAACUUCAUUACUCCAAGUGAAAAUAUAUAUAUAUAUAUAUAUAUAUAUAUAUAUAUAUAUAUAUAUAUAUAUAUAUAUAUUAUAUAAGUAUAAAAGACAGAAACACAGACCGCUAUAGACGUCAAGUAUUCUGCACCUCCUGUAUUGCAUUAUAUGGCACUGAUGUACUAUGCAAGUGUGCGGAUGUCUGUACUAUAUGCAUGCGCAGUACAUCAGUUGACAAGGAAGAAUGUGGAGGAACACUACAGUGCUCUUACACAAAGACAUUAUAUAAGAAAGAUAAACAAUUUAUUUUUUAAAUAUGUCAUUGUAUAAUAGUAAUAAUCCACUCCUGUUUUGGGGUAUUUCAGGAUUUACCCAUGGCUGGCUUUGUUUAAUCACUCGGACUUUGCCCUCAUGAUCAAACCACACUAACCAUGGGUAAAUCCUGAAAUACUCAUGUACUGUCAAGGAUUAUUGCUUAAUUAAUACAUUCUAUGUCAGAAUAUGCUGUGCCUCCCAGUACCCUAACAAAAAGGCAUUUAUUCUUAGCAUUCAUGUAUAUAUGAGAGAAAGUAACAGCUGUGGGAUGAUGUGAGAUUUCAAUUAGGUAUUUGGAAAAGCGACCUGAAUAUGUGCUGUCAGUUAGGGGAGAUAUAGUUCUGCAUUAUAAAACCAUGAUGCCAACUGUUAUGAAUACAAACUUAGGUCUCAACAUACAUUACUGUCUACAGUUAAAACAUAUCUAUGUGCCCCUUGUAGGAACUAAUUUUAAUUUUAAAAGACAAACUUGGUUUUAUUGGCAGGUACUUGGUGCACAAUAUUAAUCAAUACAGCCAAGAAUGCAACACCAUGGAGAGACUUCAGAAUGUUCAUUGUUUACAUUGACAGACUCAGACUAACUUGAAACACAGUUACGCACAUUUGGAAUAUCAUUUUCACCUUCUGCAUUAAGUGCACAAAUUCCUACACUGGGUGUAAGAUUAAAUUCUGGGCACCAUCAAAUUGUGAAGCAUAGGACCUUUCCGUUCAACCUGAAAAAAGUUAGCACCACUACCUGUGUCUGUGGCUGUGUGCCAAUAUUGAUACGGUAGUGCAAUUAUGAGGCAUGAGAUAUAUUCAAGUGCCUUUAUUUUCCUGAUAUAUUAGUAAUCAUAGUGUCACUGUUCACCAAGCAUGGCUUAGUCUUCCUCAGUUAUAACUUUUUCUAUUAGUAUUUUUACAUGAAAGAUCAGUAUGUUCUUUAAAAAUUUAAAUGCAUUAAGGAAAGAUUGCACAAUUUCUGUACAGUUAACUAGUUAAACAUUAUGUUGCUCAUUGCCAAAAUAAAUUUGCAAAAAUUCUAUCUGACUGGUGUCAGUAUAGUACAUCUGACACUAACCUCUUCAGAAUGAAACAAAACUAAAACUGGGAAAAGUAUGCACGGGACCGACAGUUCUUUGUACUAUAGGUCAGUAUUUGAAAGAGAAGAUGUGCAUUUAUUUAACGUACUAGUGUUCAGCCUACCUAAAUUGUUAUUUAGAAGAUGAAUUAUCAGAGUAUAAACCACUUCACGUCAGUCAUUCUGGUGUUUUUAGGGCACAACUUUUUGCAAUAGAAGAUUAGGAAUUUGAGCAACAUAAGAAUGGAUUGAGGAAUCACAAUGAGCAUUUUUAAGACAAUUUGGAGUGGACUUUACAAUCAUAUGCCUUUGUGCAAUGUUUGUCUGAAGUUAACACUUCCUUUUUUGUCAUUGGGAUCAUUCUGUGGGGAGAGGAAAUCCUUAAUCUGUUCUGAGAUACAAAACAAACCCUUUAACUCGUACUUAUACAUUGUAUAUUCAUUUAUUGUUCGGAGAUAUGGAAAACAGUGGCCCAAUCUCUUAAAAUUAUCUAGCUGCUGUGACAAUUAUUUAAUAAGUUUGUGUGACAGGUGCAGUCCUACUUCAGAUCUUGGUCUUUCCUUCCUGUGUCAUUAAUAGAGCACAUCUAACAACAUUUACGGUAGGCCACAGAUUAUACAGAGAUAAUUUCUCAUUGCUGCUGAGGGCUGAUAUAAGAAAAAAACAGUUGUGUUCAUCUAUCAGUUUAGCAUCAUUGACACAUGCUGAAUCACUUACGAUUUCCUUAGAAGCAAUAGACAGGUAUGAAAAAGAACAUGUAUUUUACAGUAAUCUGCUAUGACAUCACGCUUUCUGCAAACUAAUACAUAUGUCACAGAGCUCAGGCACUGUUGUUGACAUUAUAAGCAUUUAUUUACCUAGAACAAGCACAUUCAUAGAGCUGCCUACUAUAUUAUUCUCAUGUGAUGUAACUGUGUUUGUUGUCAUUUCCCAGCAGGAGUUUUGGAGAAAAAAACUGCAGGUGAUGUUAUUUUAAGGUGCCACUUGUCCAAGCCUGGUGUGUAAAGAUCCUUUCAUAGAGUCCUAUAUACCAUAAAGACUAGAAGGUGACAAUAUGUCUGUUUUGACUGAAUAGUUCUGACAUUCAUGUGCUUAUUACGUUCUAUGUUUUUACUUAAUAAACCUGAAUGCAGAAUUUGCUCAGGUAGUAUAGUGAAAGGAAAAAAAUAAUAUUACAUAUAGUGACCUGCACAGAGUUGUGCUGAAUGGGUCAUUUAGAGAUUACAUACUCAAGGGCCAAGGACAGCCAUUAAGUUUACAUUUCAGUUAUAGGCUGAUCAUAAAUGAGAAAGUGUCAAAUGCAACUGCAUAUUCUUAACCAGCCCUUACCUGAACAGUGCAACAUGCAGACAUGUAAUAAUAAUAUCAGGCUGACUUACCUACUUAUACUUUAUUCUUUGUUCUAAGGUUCAUACCAAGCAAUUUGUCUUCAGACUGUUUUCAGCCAAGCCUAGAACACAAAAUAUAAAUAGUUACUUCCUGCCUCAAGAAGAGGCACACAGGAUAUGCCCAAGGAGACUUUCUUAAUGCCGAUCCUGUUGUCUGGGCUGUUCUUCAAUGUAGCUAUGUUGAUACUGUGUUUAAUGUGCAGGAAUAUCUUUUCCAUAGGUAUUGAGUAAGCUGGGAUAGGAACCUAUGACACCUGUGUGCUCUAUUAAUUUGUUGGCAAAGAUUAAUAUACAUUAUAUGUGUAUUUAGUUGUUUAAGUACAUAGUGGAUCUAGGAUGUGGGGGUAUUGUGGUACCAUUUCUGUUAUAUUAUACUUUCCACACAAUAAUUUGUGAUUCAUUCGUUUCAGUCAUAACUUUCCUGUCACUUUGCUUGCUCAAAACAUAACGACUCCGCUGUCACAUGAUCUUCCUCAUCUCCAACUAAAAAAACCUCCCUCACUAGUUACACUGUUACGUCAUGCCUUCUGAACUUUGUCACUGCUUUCUUCAUAUAAACCAAGUAAUGCAAACGUGCUCUCACUUAUUUUCUAGAAUGUGUAGAAAACGCUGUGCCCCUGUUUACCAAAUAUAGGAUGCUUUUGUUAAAGAUAUCCAAAAUGUGUUGAAUCAGUUCAGGCAAUAUGUGAUCAUGUAUUUCACAUGAAUGUGCAAAGAUUCAUGCUAAUAUUUAAUUUUUAAAUGCUCCUGCAUUUUCAUUAAAGUUGCAAGAUACUUCUUUUGAUAAAAAACUGCCAUUCAAGCAAAUUUACGCUUGUGGCAGGUUAACAACUAUUAUGCCACUAUUCCCUAGAAAUAAACAUUAUCACCCAUUAAACUAAAAUUCAAGUUAUGUCUGAUGACACAAAUUUUUUUUUUUUUUUUUUUUGCAAGUGGUUUUAAUGUUUACACAAAA